CCUGCAGACCAGACAAUCUGAAAGCUCAAAGGCCUGGCCCUUCCAGUGGCUGCAUCUGGAAACUGGUUGGAGUUUAAAACCGAGGGGAAAAUGACUCUCCCAAGCCAGAGGUUAGGAAGAGCCUUUGCCGUGUCUACCCAGCAGAGCCUGAGACCAGCAUGCCCUGUGGCGGGGGGCCACCUGCAGCCUGAAUACGACGCUGUGGUAAUAGGAGCAGGACACAAUGGACUGAUCGCAGCAGCCUACCUGCAGAAGUUGGGGGUCAACACAGCUGUCCUAGAGAGACGUCAUGUGAUCGGAGGUGCUGCUGUCACAGAGGAGCUCAUCCCAGGCUUCAAAUUCUCCCGGGCUUCCUACCUCCUCAGCCUUCUGAGGCCUCAGAUUUACAAGGACUUGGAGCUGAAGAAACAUGGGCUGAAGGUAUAUUUUCGAAACCUCUACUCCUUCACACCUAUGCUGGAAGAAGGAAUCCGAGACAAACCCCCGCGGUCACUUUUACUAGGGACAGACAUGGCGGAAACCCAGAAGCAGAUUGCUCAAUUUUCUCCAAAGGAUGCUCAGGCUUUCCCCAAAUAUGAAAAGUUCAUGAAUCGUUUGGCAUCAGCCAUUGAUCCAUUGCUGGAUGCCACCCCAGUAGAUAUGACUGUCUUUCAACAUGGCUCCCUACAUCAGAGACUGAGGGCCCUCUUCACAUUUAAACCCCUUUUACAGGCAGGUCUAAUUUUGGGAGCACAGCUGCCCCAGUAUUACCAAGUUAUCACUGGCCCAAUCACCAAGGUGUUGGAUGAAUGGUUUGAGUCUGAGCCCUUGAAAGCAACUCUUGCCACAGAUGCUGUCAUUGGAGCCAUGACAAGUCCCCACACUCCUGGAAGUGGGUAUGUGCUGUUACACCAUGUGAUGGGAGGCCUGGAGGGGAAGAAAGGAGCCUGGGGGUACGUAGAAGGUGGCAUGGGUGCCCUCUCUCAUGCUAUCGCAAAGGCAGCAGCAGCACAUGGAGCAAAUAUCUUCACAGAAAAGCCUGUGGAUAAGGUACAGGUGAACAGCAAUGGGCAAGUCCAGGGGGUCGUUCUAAAAGAUGGAACUGAAGUGAGGAGCAAACUGGUGCUGUCCAACGCAUCUCCACAGAUCACUUUCCUGAAGCUGGUACCCCAGGAGUGGCUCCCUGAGGAGUUCUUCAAGAGAAUCUCUCAAUUGGAUACCCAGUCACCAGUCACCAAGAUUAAUGUGGCUGUAGACAAGCUGCCCAACUUCCUGGCUGUACCAAAUUCCACCAGUGGUCAACCCCUGCCCCAUCACCAGUGCUCCAUCCACCUGAACUGUGAAGACACCCAAGUCCUCCACCAGGCUUUUGAGGAUGCCACCAAGGGGAUUCCUUCUCACAGGCCCAUGAUUGAACUUUGUAUUCCAUCAUCACUGGACCCCACCCUGGCUCCACCUGGCUGCCAUGUUAUCUCACUCUUCACUCAGUACACUCCCUACACCAUGACAGGUGGAAAGGUCUGGGAUGAGCAAGAGAGAAAUGCUUAUGCUGACAGAGUUCAUGGACUACAGGUUAAGAAUCUUUGGACUAGAAUAAAGAAGGCAAUGAGAGUCACUCUAUACUCUGUUAUGAUCAGCUUACAUCUGGAGGAUUCUGCUCCAUUCUGGACCCCACAUUUCCCCAAGGAUUUGGAUAAGCAGGUAUAUGUCCAAAGAAAGCAGAAUAAGAAUUGUGAGAGGAUUGGAAAUUAGGGUAUAAACAUGGAAAAGAGGUGCUUGGGAACAUGGGGUGGAUAUGACAUUUGUUAUUAAGGAUUUGAAGGAUUGUUAUAUGGAAGAACUGUUAGACUUGUUCCACUUGGCUCCAGUGAAGUUGGAAAGGGGACUCCUGUUCAGGUACAGGUGGAAAUAGCUGACUUCUAAAAUCCUUUCCAACUCAGAGAUUCUGGGCUUAUGCACAAGCUUCUCCACAAUCCAGAGAAGAGAGUUUCAUGAGGGUCAAAUCCCUGUGUGACACUAGCUCUUAAAUUAUCAGAUUCCUAGUCUAUCCUGGAGCAAGGCAGAACCUAUAAAGGAAAAAGUAAGGCCAGUGACAUUUGCCUGGUGUAGCAUAGGGAUAGGCUUGUCCCAGACAACUACUCUUGUGUUUUCUAGCAAGGUUUUAUUUUAUUUUAUUUCCUUUUUCCUUUUUUUUUGUGGCGAACACAAAGCAUACGACUCUGAACAGAGGUGAGGUUUCACUUUGCCUCACAUGGGCCCAGUCUUACCUUGAUUGAUUUCUUUUUUUAAAAAGUUUUAUUGAUGCCUUCUGUUUUUAUCACUAUUAUUUCUAAAUAUACAUCUACCCCAUUGAAUCCUCCCUUAUAAUGUCAGAAAAAAUGGAGUAAAACCAUGCAACAGAACGAUGUCUAGCAGCAUAUAUAACGUUCCAUAUCUGUAAGUCCCCUGCCUCUUUAAUGUUCAUCAAUCCUAAUUUCUUUUAGAAGACGCUGCAAAAAAGCAGAUCAGCCUGGACGACCUAGUUUUUAAAAACUAUUGUAUUUGUUUUUUAAUUCAUUCUGUGAUAGUCCCAAGGGCUUUGCCACUGAACUUGAAGGUCCAUGGGACUUUAUGUGUGUAUGUAUGCAUGUAUGCAUGCAUGUGUGCAUGCAUG